AUGGCUACCACUGGUAUUAUUAUCUUAGGAAAUAGUGGCGCAGGUAAAAGUUUUCUUGCGAAUGUAAUUCUUGGUGAAGAAGCUUUUAAACAUGAAACCAGAAUGAACGCCUGUACGCUAACAACAGAAUAUAGAGCAGCCAGAAUAGGCGAUAAACAAUAUGCUGUCUAUAAUAUUCCGGGUUUGAUUGAAGCUGAUCAGGAUCGUAUUAAUCUUAACAUACGUGAAAUCGAUGCUGCAUUUAUCGGACAUCCAACUGCAGUCAUAGUCUUUGUCCUGGGAGUUGGCAAUGGUGGUCGAAUUGGUAAUGAAGAUAUUGUUGCAUUUAAUGCUAUCAAUAAAGCUUAUCGAUUUGAUGAAAAGUCAAUAAUUUUUGUUAUAAACCAACUAGAUAAAGAUAAAGUAAAUGAUUAUAAAUCGUCGGCAAAAGAAAAGUUAAACAAACUUUUAAACCUUACUGUUCGUCAUUUAUGCGUGGUUCCUAAAAUCGGUGCAUCUUCAUCGAAUGAGAAAAAAGCAAUUCAAUCUGAAUUAUUGGCCGCAAUAAAACUUGUUCCAGCAAAAAUGCACAAAAAGGAGCAAGAUAUUACUUUAUUACUAACUGAACUAUCAGGUUUAAAAAAUCAAAUAGUUGAGUUACAAAAGAAGUUCGAGGACGAGAAAGCGAAGGAUCGGUUAAAGCUCCAACAGAAGGAACAUCAAUUACAACUCGAACGAAAGGAACAUCAAUUAGAACUUGAAAGAGAAAAAACACGUCGAAUGAUGGAAACUAUGCAUAUUAGAGACAGUUCAACUUCAGUAUAUGGUCCGGGUUUUGCACCGACUCCUUGCGAACCGCGGCCCUCUUAUGCUCCUCCAGUUUUCGAUAUCUCGCGUUUUCCUACGGGUUCAAGACCCCUCAAAGCUGAUGGUACACCAGACCUGCGUUUCAAAAUAAACAGUAUAUUCAAAUAA